UUUUGAUUUGCAGACUUGCAAACGUACAGAUCGCAGCUAGUUUUUUAAGCAAAUCAUGCAAUUUUAUGGCGCUCAAAUUUGAAUUGUUAAUUAAGUUUUCGUUCAGAAUUGAAAUUUUGUACACUCAACGAACGAUCUGAUCGAUUUGACUCCCGAUAAAACAAAUCACCCACCAUCAAUGGGCACCCAAGUUAACGAAGACGGAGUGGAGUACCUGAAAAAACGCAUUGAGAGAGAGAAAAAGAGAACGAGGAAGACGAAGACGACGAUACAACGUCGGCGAUUGUUUAUUAUAUCCAAACUAGCCGCAAUUAUUUAGCCAAACAACAAAACGGAACUCAAAAAGGAACAUCUACUGCAAUAAAUUGAGGCAAACCCACAUUGCCCAGGUUGAGUACAUAAGAAGUGAACAAGAGAACAAGAGGAAAGGAAGGGAGACGAAAGCAAAGGAAAGAAAAGGAUUAGCGGCGUGAGGAGCGCGCGCGCGUGUUUAACGGACAUCAAAUCAAAUUCAAAUCAAUUUGUUUGGCAAACAACAUACAACAGCAACUUUUUAACAGAACCAAUGGACUUUAUGAUGGCAAAUACGGGCGCCACUGGCGUUGAUACACAAGCGCAACUAAUGCAAAAUGCGGCAGCGGCUGCAGCGGUUGCUGCCACAAAUGCUGCGGCGGCGCCCGUGCAGAGUGCAGCGGCUGUUGCCGCCGCCGCCCAGCUGCAGCAGCAGCAGCAACAGGUACAGCAGGCGAUAUUGCAAGUGCAGCAGCAGCAGACACAGCAAGCGGUUGCUGCUGCCGCAGCGGCUGUCACACAACAAUUGCAACAGCAACAGCAGGCGGUCGUACAGCAAGCGGUUGUGCAACAGCAGCAACAACAACAGCAGCAGCAAGUGGUGCAACAGCAGCAGCAAGUACAGCAAGCAGUUGUCGCCGUGCAACAGCAGCAGCAGCAGCAACAACAGCAGCAGCAAGUGGUGCAACAGCAGCAGCAAGCGCAGGUGCAACAGCAGGUGCAACAGCAAGUGCAACAGCAAGUCCAGCAGGCAAACACAAAUGGCAACACGGGCGGCGCCCAAAACGGCAGCAAUGGCAGCACAGAGACUCGCACAAAUCUAAUAGUCAACUAUUUGCCACAAACGAUGACAGAGGAUGAGAUUCGUUCGCUAUUCAGCAGCGUUGGAGAAAUUGAGUCGGUUAAAUUGAUACGCGAUAAGUCGCAGGUCUACAUUGAUCCAUUGAAUCCGCAAGCGCCCAGCAAGGGUCAAAGUCUUGGCUAUGGCUUUGUCAACUAUGUGCGACCCCAGGAUGCCGAACAGGCGGUCAAUGUGCUCAACGGUCUCCGUUUGCAAAAUAAGACCAUAAAGGUAUCGUUUGCCCGACCCUCAUCGGAUGCGAUCAAGGGCGCCAAUCUGUAUGUGUCUGGACUGCCAAAGACGAUGACCCAACAGGAGUUGGAGGCAAUAUUCGCGCCGUUCGGUGCGAUCAUCACAUCGCGCAUUCUUCAAAAUGCCGGCAACGAUACACAGACCAAAGGUGUUGGCUUCAUUCGAUUCGAUAAGCGUGAGGAGGCGACUCGAGCGAUAAUCGCACUGAAUGGUACAACGCCCAGCAGCUGCACCGAUCCGAUCGUUGUCAAAUUCUCAAAUACACCGGGCAGCACCAGCAAGAUCAUCCAGCCGCAAUUGCCCGCAUUUCUCAAUCCGCAGCUGGUGCGACGCAUCGGCGGCGCAAUGCAUACGCCAGUUAAUAAGGGACUGGCACGCUUCUCACCGAUGGCCGGUGAUAUGUUGGAUGUGAUGUUGCCAAAUGGUUUGGGUGCUGCUGCGGCGGCAGCGACAACAUUGGCCAGCGGACCGGGUGGGGCAUAUCCAAUAUUUAUAUAUAAUUUGGCGCCCGAAACAGAAGAAGCGGCCCUCUGGCAAUUGUUUGGGCCCUUUGGCGCUGUGCAAUCGGUGAAGAUCGUUAAGGAUCCCACAACGAAUCAGUGCAAAGGCUAUGGAUUUGUGUCCAUGACCAAUUAUGAUGAGGCAGCAAUGGCCAUACGUGCCCUCAAUGGCUAUACUAUGGGCAAUCGUGUGCUGCAGGUCAGCUUCAAGACCAAUAAGGCCAAGUAAAGUGUUGCCCGCACUGCCCCUCGCAACCUCCUCCCCCUGCCCCCACCACAAACAACAACAACAUCCAUUGCUCCCCCAAAAAAAAUAUACAACAACACCAAGGAACACACACACUUAUCUAGUUUAUACACACACUCACAAACACACACACACACACAACUCACUUAUAUACAUAUAUAAAUAUGCAUGGACUAAAUGGUAACUAAGCGCAACAAAAAUGUAUGUGUUUAACACACACACACACACACACACACACACAUUACACACACUAUACACACCGAGAGACACAUACGUCAUGAAACCAUGCAACCAGACAAGACAUCCUUUUUGUGUGGCGUGUCCUUUGGCUUCAAAACGCGUCUAAACAACGAAAAAGAAAAACAAAAAAACAAAAUAAAUGAAAAGAAAACGGCGGCUACAAAUGUCAGCCGUUGCAAUAGCAAAAUUCUUCUUAGCAUUUAAGUAAAACAAAAAGCAAAAAUACAAAAAACCAAAACUAACCUAAACAAAUAUUUAAAAAAAAAUAAAAAACGUGUGUCGAGUGCAAUAUAUAUAUUUGGUAGACACGAGAAAUGGAAAAGAAGAUAAACUUCUGGCUGUCCCUAUUGGGCGCCCGGACAGGGACAAAAAUCCAAUUGCAGCCGCAGUCAAAUUAGUCGCAAGCAAAGCAAAAAAAAAAAUAAAAUAAAUAAAAAAAAAAUGAAAAGAAAACAAUAAAAAACAAAGAAAUCUACAAAACAAAAAUAAUGAGAUUUAACUAAAAGAAAUUAACCUAGCAAAAAGAAAACAAAAACGAAAAGAAAAACAAUUUUUUAAAAUUAUAACUAAGUAAGCAGCAAAGAAAUCUUCCAGUAACAAAAUGAUAAACAAAAACCCAAAGCUGUUAAUUACACUCCAAUUUUUCUACAACAAAACGAAUACCAAAAACAAAAAAAAAAAAAAAAAAGUAAAGAAAAAU